AGUCAGUAGUAAUGUAUUCGGGUGUCAGAUUGUCAAGUGAUUCGUGAACAGGUCUUAGUUACUUGGCGGAAAGAAUCUUGGUUUGUUGGUGUUACCAAAAGGAACGUCAAAAACCAGGCGCCAUUGUUUGAUUUUCGAAAAUAGCUACAGAUUUUGAGGGCCAAUCCUUAAUUCAUAGUUUCAGGUCUAUCAAAAAUGUUUUCUAAUGAGUCCAAACCUGUUGGAGAUCUUUGUGCAUUGAUGGUCCGUCUGAAACUUGAACGACCAGAUUUGGGCCGUAAAGAGAUGCUCCUUGCUGUGCGUGGUGAAGGUGGAGACUGGGCAAACACUGACUUUGAGCAAAUCAAGCGCUCGUGGAAAAAGGUGGUGAAGCAGACUGCUGAAGAAAUGGAAAGAAGGGAGAAUGAGAAGCGUUUAAGGAAAACUCCAAGCAAAAAGCAAGGCACUAUACUUGGCGGGGAUACCAGUAGCAGUAACAAAGGAGAGGAGUUCAAAAAUUUCUGUAGAGAAAACAAUGAGAAGACCUGGUUGGAUAAAGAUCACAAUCAAGAAUCCUGCCAGAGUCCAGCCUUGGAGAGGCAGCUUAAAUUCCUCAAGGACUAUCCAGACUCAAACUACAUAUUAUUCACACCUCCCAGUGAGACAGCACACUGUUCUAUUAAAUUGGGGAGUACACUUGGUGUACUGUUUUUCCAGGUCAUGUGGAACAGUGUAAUUGAUACACUGCAUGGAUGUCCAGCAAUGAAGCAAGAACUGUGGAUGAUUUACCAGCAACUAGAAUACAACUUCAGCCCAAGGUAUAAGAAAAUGCUUCACAGACAGUUGCAAGAGGAGUUUGGGGUUGACCCAUUCGAAGGUCAACCUCAGUAAAUGUUAAAAAAAAAAUUAACAGGUGUGAAUGUAUAUAAAAAAAAAAUUUAAGAUGUGAAUGUAUAAACUUUUACGUUUUUAAAACCAUAUUCAUUAGCCAUUAGUUUUAAUUUUGAUUGAAUUAUUUUUUAUGCUAUUAAUGCUGAGUUAAC